AUGGCCCGAGAGAAGGUCAACAUUGACUUGUUCUCAAGGCUCGGUUCCGCAGCGCGGCCUAGUGGGGCAAGACAGGCUCCUUCGUGGCCUCAACUACGGAGUACGGAGUAUGGAACUAGUACUGGUACUAAUCGACAUGUGGCGCCUUCAAGCUGCGCACUGCGCCAAAGGGGGAUUAGCGUGGCGGUGCGGUGCUCCAAGUUUCACAGACAGUUGACUGGCCUGCGAGCCAAAUCGUACUCGACAACCUCUAGCGAAUUUUACAUCCGUCGAGGCAACCAACUGCGCUGCAACGUCGUCAACCCGUGGCGAGUCGAAAACCGACCCUGUUCUGGAACUUUGCUUGUCCCUUAUCCUGUCUUGGGUCUUGUCAUGUCUGGGCUUGACCAGGUCAUCCGGCAGCAGCCCGAGGGCCAACCACAGCCACAGCCAGAACGACAUGGAUUCAACUUUAACAAGCUCCUUUUGGGCGGUGCUGCAUACCUUGGGCUUAAUCUUGCCCUCUCCUACUUCCUUGCCAAAGAUCAGCGAGGCGUCCAGGUGACCGAUCCUAAUACCGGCAAACCCAUCACAGUUGCAUCCAACUUGGGUGACAUUCCGGCCUUCGAACUGCGUCCCAGCCAGCUUGACGAGGGUGCGCAGUACCGACCGAUUCCUCGGAAGAUCGCGCCAAUCUGGCCUCAGGACAGCCAUGUCGAUAUUGUAGUAACUCUAUCCCCGUCCUUCAACCCGACACCCAUCUCGGAAACCCCGGCCGAGUAUGUCGUGCUGCAAGAAAGGAAUUUUCAGAUGAGCAACAGCUCAGAGAAGCGCACCGUCGAUACCAAGUUUACUGUUCCGAGGGCUGUUCAGUUUAAUGGAACCCUUUGGGGCCACUUUUACGUUGGCCUGACCGGUAGUAACUUGGAUCCCCGUCGACCAGGUUAUGACCCUGCCAAAGCAUAUCAUUUUGCCUAUCCUUUGACUCAAUAUCUGCCCAAGAAGAAGGUAGCCAAAACGAGAAACCUACUUGAUAGUCAUUCUGAAGAUGAGGAGCCUGAGGAGGAAGAGCCUACCGGUCCUAUCAUUACCAAUCACUACCACCCUAAUGCUAGCUUCGCCUUUGUUCCAGCCAUGGGUGUCAAAGACUUCAAUUCUAUCCAUCCUGCUGUCAAGCACUUCCUUCGUCUCGAAGCAACAGGAGCUCGCGACGGUAGUGGCCAAAACGGCUGGUACUAUCCGGUCUUGUUUAUCAAUAAUUUUUGGCAGCUUGCCAACCACAUGACUGUACUCAAUGAAACGGUCAAGGAGCUUCCUCUGCACAUAGAUCUAACCACCAUGGCUUUUUGGAAAUUUAGCACUCUUGCAUCGAUUGAAUUAAGCUCCAAGGAAAACGCUCGCCAGGCUGCGUUUGGCCACUCUCUGCCCACCGGCGGCGACGGCUCCGAGAUUGAAAUGGUCAAGGAAAUAUUCAUUGACACGAACCCCAUCCUGUUGGGCAUCACAGCUGUAGUCAGUGUCGCACACGUCAUUCUCGAGAUGCUUGCCUUUGGCUCUGAUAUCGCCCACUACCGCAAAAAGAAGGACAAUGUUGGUAUUUCGGUUCGCUCCAUCUUGGCAAACGUUUUCAUGCAGACCAUCAUCUUUCUCUACCUUCUUGACAACUCUCAAAACACCAGCUGGGUGAUUCUAGGAUCCCAAGUGGUCGGCAUUGUCAUCGAAUUCUGGAAGGUCACGACUGUUGUGGACGUGCGUUUCCGACCCUCGGCACCCGGCUCGCUCUUCCCUUACACUCUGGUCUUUGAGGACAAGCACAAGCUUACCGAGACCGAGGAGAAGACCAAGGAGUAUGACGCUGUUGCUUUCAAGUACAUGUACAUGGUGGCUGUGCCUUUGCUGAUUGCUUAUGGUGUCUACUCCCUCGUGUACGAUUCUCACAAGUCUUGGUAUUCCUUCAUCAUUACUACCCUGGUUGGGUCUGUAUAUGCCUAUGGUUUCCUUAUGAUGGUUCCAUCCCUGUACAUCAACUAUCGCUUGAAGAGUGUGGCUCAUAUGCCGGCCAAGGCUAUGAUGUACAAGUUUCUCAACACAUUCAUUGAUGAUUUGUUUGCAUUUACCAUCAAAAUGCCAUUCCUCCAUCGACUGGCGACUUUCCGCGAUGACAUCAUCUUCUUCAUCUACCUGUACCAACGCUGGGCCUACAAGACUGAUUUCACUCGUGUCAACGAGUUUGGGCAGGGCGGUGAUGAGGGUGAGCCUUCCUCCCAAAAUGGGAAGGAGAGCGAGACAAUCGAAGCCAAGAGGGCAACUGAUGCCAAACCCGAGGGCAAGGCCACUGGCGCCGAUACUGGCAAGGCUACAAAGAGAAAGUAA